ACUCGAAGACCCUCCCCCGUCACAGGAGAGAAACGCAUCGAUUUACCCAAAAAACCCUUUUAUCCUGCUCCUUUACUGAUCAACGACACCAACGUUGCGAAAUGGCCCUCAACACCUGGCUUUCAGGCAUUUUGGGGUUGGUUGUCUCAGCGAUGUCGACGUAUUCGAGGAAAACCAAUGAGGAAUGAAGAAUAUCAAGGGUCUUGUUCCGCUAUAGGGUCUCUUCUGGAUAUUCUAGAUCAUAUGGAAGAUUGGGUAUCGGAAAUCCCUCCAUUACCUCAAAAUAAUAUGCGGUUUGGUAAUCUGGCUUUUCGUCAAUAUAAUCAGCGUAUGGAACGAGAACUCGCUCAUCAUAUCGUUCGCUGUCAUGGAAUCCCCUUCGAACUGCCUCCGCAGAUUAUCCCAUUACUCGUUGACUCACACGCCUUUGGUCAUCCGACUCGACUGGAUUAUGGCACAGGUCAUGAAUUGGCUUUCGUGUUGGUAUUGUGGAACUGUGUCGCUUCUAAAUGGAUAAAAGAUGAGGAUGAUCAAGAUGACUUGAUCCUUCGGGUGUUUCCGAGAAGAUAUAUGCACCUGGUAAAUCUGCUUCAACGAAAGUACCGUCUUGAGCCUGCUGGAUCUCACGGGGUGUGGGGUUUAGAUGAUUAUUGCUUUUUCCCCUACUUGUUCGGAGCAGCUCAACUCAUGGGCACAUCAAUAACCCCCGCUCAAUCCCUUGAAAACGCUCAAUCCAUAGUCUCAGACCCUUCCACGACCGGACCAUUCGAUAUGUACACUUACGCACUCGUCCACGUCAUACAAUCCAAAACAGGUGCUCCCUUUUCAGAACAUUCUCCAACUCUCUAUGCCGUCUCUAGAUUACCCAAUUGGGAAAAAGCUUUUCAAGGAUUACGGAAAUUCUUUUUGAAUGAAGUAGCUGGUAAGAGGGUCGUAGUGCAAGGUUUGUUGAUGGGUGGAUGGUGUUGGGGUGAAGAAUUUCCUGACACUACCAGAGAAGGACAUGUGAACCUUUUGGAAGAAGGUGGUUUAGGAUCGACUAGGGCACCUUGGAUGAGGGGUAGGUGA